AUGCAGUCUAAUCACGGCAAUCCAAUUGCUACAGAGCAGCGCAUGAUGUUUGACGAUCUUGCGUGGGAAAGAAGUGACAAUAUAGCUUAUAACUGGAGAGACAAUCUUUUCAACGAGGAGAUUUUCCGAGAAGUCGGGCGUGCCAUCAUCCAACAUAGAGGUGGCUCACCAGAAGAACUAUUUAAUCCACAGAAAGGGUCAUUCAAUCUGAUGUUCCGCAUGAAGUUCGUCGAUGGUGGUUCAGCCAUUGUACGCUUUCCUAUUCCUGGAGUUUCUAUGUUUGCUGAGGAGAAGGUUCAGCGAGAGGUGUCAGUUAUGAAAUUUAUCGAGCGACAUACCAGCAUACGCAUCCCACAUGUUCUGCAUCAUGGCAUGGCUGAUGACAGUCCAGCGAAGCUCGGCCCAUUCAUCGUCAUGGAAUACAUUGAGAAUGAUUCUGAUCUUGUUGAUGCUCUGAACACCCCGGGCCUUCAAGAUGACGAACGGUGUAUCCUGGAUCCUAAUAUACACGAGAAUCGACUUCGGUUAGUGUAUAGCAAUAUGGCGGAUGUCCUACUCCAGUUGGCCAAGAAAUCAUUUGCCAAGAUAGGUUCCAUCACAAACCGAGAAGAUGACGAUUAUGACGACGAAUGGACAGUUACUCAUCGUCCCCUAACUAUAAACAUGAAUGAACUUGUUCAACUAGGUGAUUUCCCACCUCAUCUGCUACCACAGACUACCUUCAACACCGCUUCAGCGUACUUUUUGGCCCUUGCAGAAAUGCACAUGACUCAUCUGUCAGUACAGCGCAAUGAUGCAAUUGAGUCCGCGCAAGACUGCAGACGCAAAUAUAUUGCCAGAUGCUUAUUCCGGAAACUGGCGCGGGAAAACCGGCUGUGCUCUCAUGACUAUGGGCCGUUUAAGCUCAUCUGUGACGAUUUUCGACCAGCAAAUGUACUAGCGGAUUCGGAACACGGCUUCAAGGCUGUUGGGGUGAUUGAUUGGGAGUUUACUUAUGCUGCUCCGGCAGAGUUUGUAUAUAGUCCGCCCUUUUGGCUACUUCUGGAGCGCCCGGAGUACUGGAAUGAAGGUCUAGAUGAGUGGACAAAGGAGUAUGAGAAACGAUUUCCAGUAUUCCUUGCAGAGCUACAGAAACGUGAGCAGGAUUUAAUCACACGAGGUAUUCUGACGGAUGAUGAUCGCCUCUCACAGCAUAUGCUGGAAAGCUGGCAGAGCGGUGAUUUUUGGGUGUGUUAUGCGGUGAGGAGAAGCUGGGCCUUUGAUAUGUUGUAUUGGGCAAAGAUUGACCGUCGGUUCUUCGGGCAUGGGGACUUGGAUGAUAGAUUUAAUUUGCUCACUGUUGAAGAGAGGGACGAACUUGAUGAUUUCGUGCAGAGAAAGCUUGCGGAAAAGGACGAACGGACUCUUGUAAACUGA